AUGGUUUUCCGUAUCAGAGAUAUCGUCACCAUCCUGGGACUUGCGAAUCUUGUCCUAUCAGCACCAGCUGAUUCACUGCAGAGAAGGCAGUCAACGAUCGUUGACUGCCUCGAAGCAGCUUCAGUCCCUGUGAUCUCCAAUUCAUCCCCUAACUACGCUUCCGAAGUCAUUCCCUAUAACCUCCGUACACCAUUCUUCCCCAUUGCUGCCGCUGUGCCCGAAACCGCUGAUCAGGUGUCAUCUGCUGUGAUUUGCGCAAAUCAAUUUGGUUUGAAAGUUGCUGCUAGGUCUGGAGGACACUCCUAUGCUGGUUUUGGGCUUGGUGGUCAAGAUGGGUCUUUGAUGGUCGAUAUGAAGAAGUUUAAAUACGUCAAUCUCGACCCAGUGACCCAGAUUGCUACCAUCGGUGCUGGAACUCGUCUCGGAGAUGUUUCGUACAGUCUAUAUAACCUGGGAGGGCGCGCGUUACCUCAUGGCCUGUGUCCAGGUGUUGGUAUCUCUGGACAUGCGCUUCAUGGAGGUUAUGGAUUUGCUUCUCGCAUGUGGGGAACAACUUUGGAUACGAUUCUUGAGAUGGAAGUCGUCCUUGCUGAUGGAUCGAUUGUCACCACCUCAAGGACUGAGAACGAGGACCUAUUCUGGGCUCUCCGUGGUGCCGGUUCUUCCUUCGGUAUUGUGACAAAAUUCAAGCUCCAAACGCUCGAAGCACCUGCCAAUGGUGUCAGGUUUACCUAUUCAUUUGGCGUACCCACCACUGGUUCAAAUAUCUCGUACCACGUCCAAAUUUUCCGGGCUCUGCAAGAAUAUGCUCAAACUACCGCCCCCAAGGAACUUGCCUUGAGAUUAUGGACCCUGACCGAUGUUUUCGAAAUCACCGGUGUCUACUGGGGCACCAGGGAAGACUUCGACACAGUUAUUGCACCGCUUGUUGCGAGCUGGCCCGCCCAGACUACUGUGGUGAUUGAGGAGGACAAUUGGCUUGACACGUUGGUUGCAGUAGCAAAUGGAGCUACUCUUCCUCAGCCACUCGACUAUACUCAGCACGACACUUUCCUUGCGAAAAGUAUUGUUGCGCCGGAGCCACUGACUUCUAAUGCCUUGACUUCAUUUUUCAACUUCCACCAGAACAGCAGGGAUGCCCCAGUACCCUGGUGGGUUAUUGCAGAUCUUUACGGAGGUGUUCAUUCCAACAUAUCCUCGUUCUCUCUUGAUUCCGCAUCAUACGCUGUACGGAAUUCGCUAUUCACCUUCCAGCUUUACGCGACUACUACGCUUCCUCCGUUUCCAGCCAGUGGUAUCAAAUUCAUGGACGACCUGGCAAAAUCACUCAUCUCAGCACAACCCGAGACUACUUUCACGGCUUACCCUAACUAUAUUGACCCUACUUUGAGCGCAAGUGAUGCCCAUAGGUUGUACUAUGGGUCCCAGUACCAGAGACUGCUCAACAUUAAGAGGAGUGUUGACCCUAUGAUGAGAUUUUGGAAUCCUCAGGCCAUUGGUGUAUGA